AGGCCGGGCGGGGCAGGCCCGGGCGGGGCCGCGUCCCCCUGGCAACCGCGCCUUAAGGGCGGGCAGGGGCUGAGGCGGCGGCUGCCGCUGCCAUGGCUCACGGCAGCCCCGUGCCUGAACUAUACAAGUCCAUUAUCGAGGAUGUGAUUGAAGGUGUGCGGGAGCUCUUUGCAGAGGAGGGUGUAGAGGAGCAGGUUCUGAAAGACUUGAAGCAGCUUUGGGAAACAAAGGUGGCACAGUCUAAAGCAGCAGAAGGCUUCUUCAAACAUAGCCACUGUCCUCCACGGUUCAGCCUGCAGCUGCCACACCGUUCUCACAGCAUUUUGCAGACUUCAGCAGCUUCUUUUGUCAUCCAAGCUGGCAGAGGUUUUCAGCAUUUCACAGCAGCAAAACUGGGCCCCCCACGAGUGGGUGUGACACUUGCUCUCCCGUCGGGAGUUGCUUAUCCUUUACAGAUGCCAGCUGGAGUGAUGCUGCAGCCAGCACCGGGACAGCUUUACAAGGUGAAUAUGCCUGUUGUGGUCACCCAGGCCUCAGGAGAUGGAAGCAUUCUCCAUUACCCUGUGCAGCAGAUGCUUCAUCCCCUGGGGCAAGCUUCAGUUCUGCAGGCCAGCCUUGCCAGUGCUGCACAGGUGAAUGCAUCUGCUGCCCAUGCAGCUGGUGAAACACUGCAGCCCCAGGAGACUGCUGUCCAACAGGCUGUGCUGUUCAAACCAAGUUAUGUGGAAAAACAACACCUGGAGAGCUCUGCUACCUUGGUCCAGCAGCCUUCUGUGAGUCUGCAGGAAUUUGAAAUUAAUGCAGUGUUGAAUCAGUGCAGUGAACCCACAGAAAAAUUCCAGCAUGACAAUCUUCACACAACUGUGUUUACUCCAGAAUGCUCUGAAGGACUUUUUGUUGAUGAUUCCUUGGCAAGCAGCUCAAGCAGUGUCCUGCUGGAUGUGGAGGAGCAGCUGGACAUGGAGCAUCCGGAGCUGCUGCAGCAGCAGGUGUCUGAUGAUAUCAUUGACCUGAUUAUUGCAGGGAAAGGUUUGGAUGAAAAUGCAUUUCUAAAGGAUCAGGGCAGCAUUGCUUCCUCUGACAAGACAGAAUCUGAUUUACCACUGGAGAAGGAUCUCUGCAGUGACAUUGAAGGCAUAAGUCAGCUGGAUGGCACUGGGGAUGCUUCUUCCAACGAACAGAUACCACAUACAAAAGAUAAAGAAGAGAAUGAAUUAGUUGGUUUUAUUGAUUCAGAGGAUCUAAGAGUUCUGGAUGAUGAGGAAGACUAUGAUGAAGACUGUGAAAGCUCCUCAAACGUUGAGUCCAGCUGCAGUGAUGGGGACAAUGAAGACCUCCAGAUAGACAUAGUUGAGGAGGACCCCUUAAACUCUGGUGAUGAUGUCAGUGAACAGGACAUUGCAGACUUGUUUGACACCGACAAUGUGAUAGUUUGUCAGUACGAAAAGAUACAUCGAACUAAGAACAAAUGGAAGUUCUUCUUAAAAGAUGGAGUGAUGUCCAUUGAGGGUAAAGACCAUGUUUUUGCAAAAGCCACUGGAGAUGCAGAGUGGUGAAACCUCACUCCAGUAUGUCCUUGAAGACUGUGGCAUUAUUUCCUUAUAAGCCUUCUGUCAAACAGCUGGACUUUCUAUUUUUGUGCCAUUAAAAAAAAAACCAAAACCAAAAAAACCUGCAAAACAACAAAGCUGUGAUAAAAAAUAUGCAAAAUCUAUGUUAUUUAAUUGUGUUGUUAAUCUGUUUAGUUUGCAAACUAAGCCACUGUACUGUUAGCUACUUAGCUGUGUUUGCUGUUCUUUUCUGAUUAUUUCAUUUUUUUCCAAUGAAGAAGCACCUUUGGUGUUAAUAGCUUUAAAGUUUGAAGUGUUAUAUCUGUUUGUAAUUCAAGAAAUUAAAGAAAUACUUAGUAAUUAGUAAAGAAAUACCUAUUGAUUAUAAUUAAGUAAAUUUUAUUUCUUUUUAAGAGGUAUGACUUGAAAUAUAAUAUUACACUGUUUUAUUAUUUUUUUCAAAGACUUUUGAGUUGAAAAGAAAGCAAUAUCUGUGCAUGUGUGAAACAUGUGGCUAUUUCUGAAGCUGCACAUUUCUUUCUUUUUUUUUUUUUUGUUUUUUUUUUUGUUUUUUUAGUUGCUUUGUGUUUUUUGGAUUUCAGUUUAAAGACAUGCACUCUAGAUGCAAUAAAGGUAAUGUCUGGGAAAGAUCCUGGAGCUCUCAAUAUAUGAGAAUUAUUAUUGUUUAUUGUAUACUAGCUAUGUCUACUGAGAUGCAAUGAGUAGUGUGAUGUAACAUUAAAAUGUGAUUUAUUUUCACUGUCAAUACAAAGUUAUUUAAGUUUGCUACUGUACUUUCCACUUUGUUCUAGGACUACAGACCGGUAAGCUGUGAAUGAUACAAAUUGUGCAUAAUAAUUAAAGUGUCAUCUCAUAUCC